AUGGAGACGUUUAAGAAAUCUCUCGCUAUGAUCAUUCUCUCUUUUUUGUUUCUUGUUCUUUGUGAUGUGUCUCUGGCGAGAAACGUGAAGACCACAAAUCAGAACCAGAAGAGUACUUACAUAGUACAUGUUGCGAAAUCCCAAAUGCCAGAAAGCUUCGAUCACCACUCGGCUUGGUUCGAAUCGACUUUGAAGUCAGUUUCUGACUCAGCAGAAAUGAUCUACACUUAUGACAAAGCUAUUCAUGGAUUCUCAACAAGGUUAACACUAGAGGAAGCUCGUUUGUUGCAAAGCAGAAAUGGGGUUCUAAAGGUGCUACCAGAUGAAAUCUACAAGCUCCAUACAACUCGAACCCCACUGUUCCUCGGGCUCGAUAAAAUCACUGCAAGCACAUUCACCCAAUCCAAAAUAGGACAUGAUGAUGUCAUCAUCGGAGUCAUAGACACAGGUGUUUGGCCUGAGAGCAAGAGCUUUGACGACACUGGGUACAGACCCAUCCCCAACACCUGGAAAGGAAAAUGCCAGGUAGGUGCGAAUUUCACAACCGCCAACUGCAACAAGAAACUAAUCGGUGCCAGGUUCUAUAAUAGUCACACCAAGUUCUAUAACAAUGGCUUGGUGGCCUCGGUGGGCCCAAAUGAUAAUUCUAUUGAGUCUCUCUCUCCGCGCGAUGAUGAGGGUCACGGAACCCACACUGCCAGCACUAUUGCGGGCUCUCCGGUGCAAAAUGCGAGCCUCUUCGGUUACGCUACUGGAACGGCGCGUGGCAUGGCCCCACACGCUAGAGUUGCUGUCUACAAGGUUUGCUGGAAGAAGGGUUGUACUACUUCUGACGUAUUGGCUGCGAUAGACCAAGCCAUCGUUGACAACGUGAAUGUCAUUUCCUUGUCGCUCGGAGGUAAUCCAUCCGAUUACGACAAAGAUAGCCUUGCAAUUGCAGCGUUUUCGGCAAUGGAGCAUGGGAUUGUUGUGUCUUGCUCCGGAGGGAACGAUGGUCCUGAUCCCUCUUCUAUCACUAAUGUGGCACCUUGGAUUAUCACGGUGGGAGCAGGCACAAUCGAUCGAGAUUUCCCUGCUUACGUUAGCCUCGGAAAUGGAAAAAACUAUUCCGGUGUGUCUCUUUACGGUGGCAAAAAAUUGCCAGAUAAACCUGUUUUGCCACUCAUCUUUGGAAAGGAUUGUAAGUCAGGAAGCCUUUUGCUGCAAAAAGGCAAGGGAAAGAUCGUGGUGUGUGAUCGUGGAUUAUACGAUGAGGUGUCGAAAUCUAUGGCGGUGAAAUCCGCCGGCGGUUUGGGCAUGGUGUUGGCCAACGACGCAGAUGAGGCGGGGGAUUUGGUGGCGGAUCCAUUUGUUUUGCCAGGACUUAUGGUGGACGUAAAAGAAGGCGAAGCCAUCAAGCAAUACUUAACUUCUGAUCCAAAACCGACAGCAACGAUUGUGUUUGAGGGUACAAAGGUCGGGAUCGAGCCUUCCCCUGUUGUUGCACUGUUCAGCUCUAGGGGCCCAAAUCCUAUCACCACAAAAAUAUUGAAGCCUGAUUUGAUCGCGCCAGGUGUCAACAUCUUAGCUUCAUUUACCAGGAAUUCGAGUCCUUCUUCUUUAGAUUCAGAUGAAAGGCGAGUGGAUUUCAACAUCUUGUCAGGCACAUCCAUGUCAUGCCCUCACGUGAGUGGGAUUGCGGCUCUGGUCAAGUCCGUCCAUCCAGAUUGGAGCCCCGCCGCCAUUCGAUCUGCAAUGAUGACAACAGCUUAUUCGACUUACAAGAAUGGCAAGCCAUUGUUGGACGGUGCAACUGGAAAACCAGGGACACCGUUUGAUUUUGGCGCAGGACAUGUGGACCCUAUCCCUGCACUCAAUCCAGGGCUUAUUUAUGAUUUGACGGCGGAUGAUCAUCUGAAUUUUCUCUGUUCGUUAAACUACACGCCCGAAAUGAUUGAAGUCGUGGCGAAGAGAAAAUACGUGUGUGAUGGAAAGAUACACUACUUUAAUUACCCUUCAUUUGCUGUGAUUUUUGAAGCUGGUGACAAUGGUACACAGGUUAAGCAAAUGCGAACUCUCACCAAUGUGGGUGCUACGGGAACGUACAAGGUAUCAGUUCAGACAAAUAUCCCAGGCAUCAAGAUUAGAGUUGAACCGGAAGUGUUGAGUUUUGGAGUAAAAGAAAAAAAGUCCUAUACAGUUACAUUCAACGCAUCAGGUGUGAAGCCGCAGAAAACUCCAGGUUUUGGACGUUUGGAAUGGUUUAAUGGAAAGAACGUUGUUCGAAGUCCUAUCUUAUUUAGUUGGGAUCAAUGACUGAAAGCUCCAUGAAGCUUGACAACCAAAAGCACUUCACUAACUGGAAGAGUGUCUUGGUUGGCUAAUGGUUAUGGUUAUAGCUAGAGUAGU